GAGAUAAAUGUCAAUGGAUCACUGGUCAAUUUGAGGACAACUGUGUUUGCUUAUUUCUUUUUCUCAGAUUAAUUAAACUUAUUGAAAAAUAUUUUAACAAUCAUUUGGUAGUUUUGGGCACUGGAAGUCUGCUUUGUUUAUUAAAAUGUGCGUCUUAUUUGAAAUUUUAGAUUCUCCUUGGAGUCCCAUUAUUAAUAUCUCUGGUGGUGACCUGAAGGAGAAUCAGUCUGUCACUGUAACCUGCUCAGCUUUCACUCCCUGUCCACACUCACCUCCUGAACUCACCUGGAAUCUCCAACAAGACUCUCUCAGACAAACUGAGAAAAACACAAAUGGAACCUUUACAACUAAAAUCCAGGAGAACAUCACUCUGUCAGACACACAUGAUGGAUACAACAUCCGAUGUUCUGCCAGAUAUCCUGUGAUUGGAGGAAACAAGACAGCAGAGACAGAAGUGACUCUCAGUGUUUCCUAUGCUCCUAAAGACACCUCAGCAUCCAUCAGUCCAUCAGGUUUGGUGUCAGCAGGUAGCUGGGUGGAGCUGAGCUGCUCCAGCAGAGCCAAACCUCCACCCAGCUUCACCUGGUUCUGGAACAGCCAACAUGGAGACAUGAAUGUGUCUAUGGGGAAAGUUUACAAAUUCAAUCCUGCUGAGGAAGAAACGUUUCACUGUGUGGCUACAAAUGAUCUGGGUCAACAAAAAUCACCUGUGAUUCUUGUUGCUAUUAAAGAUAAUCGAUCAUCUGAAUUCCAGAUCCUUAAUAUAUUGAAGAUCCUGGGGAUUGUAUUGCUCUGCAGUAGCAUCAUCAUCUUUGAGAGCUGGUUCAGAUUCUCCAAGAAACCAAAGAAGGAACCAGAAGAAACAAUCUAUGUCAACACUGUGAUGGAGGCUAAAGCAUGAUGAGCCACAAAAAAAGACCAAGAAGACGUCAAGGCCUCUGUCAGAGAGAGGAUUUAUUAUUUCUGUCCAAUUCUUCAAGUUUUUAUCUCAAGAAGCUUUUUUCUAUCAGCAAAGACCAAUAGGUGGAGGUCUGGAUACACUGUGGACGAGUCACCAGUCCAUCACAUCCCCAUUUGUUGGUCUUUAGAAAUAUGUUCCUUUUCUUGCUACUUUUUUUCCGCAAUAAAAUAUAAUACUCAUUGUCUAAACAGUAAUGCUUUGGUAGAACACUGAGAUCGAAAUAUCUGUGAAAGAAAACAAGUUCAUAUUUAUUUAGAAACAACAUUUCUAAUGUUUUGACUCAGUGUUCAGAAAUCAAUAUUUAGUGGAAUAACCAUGAGGUUUUCAUUGAGGUUCAGUUCAGUGGUCUCUUACUCUAUAUUGUAUCUAUAUGUGGCCCAUAUAUAUUUAUGGUCUCUAUUCCAGAUUUACACUUUCCACUUUUUCUCAGCUCAGAUCAGAACUGGUUUUUAGCUGAAUGAAAAACAAAAUCAUAAAAGCAACAACAACAACAA